AUGGGUAUGGGGAAAUUGAGGAUAGGUGGGGCAUGGAGUGGAGUACUGGAAGUAGAACUCGACGAGUGGACAGUGGCCACUUUGAGAGAAGAAGUCGCCAAGAAAUCAGGCUGUGUUGGGCCACAGUGCAUAAACCUGAUAUGCGCUGGCAGAAUUUUGAGAGAUGGUGAUGGUACUGAAAAAUUAACUCAAUUGGGUGUCAGAAACAACGCCAAGAUUUUGGCUUCGAAAGUUUCGACUGAUCAAGAAGGGAAAUCUCUCAAGGAGGAGUUUUUGGCUGAGGAGGAGCGUUCCAAGAGACUCUCCCGACUCAAAUCUGCAGCCACGUCAUUGGCCAGUAGACAUGCAGAUGGUUCAUUACCAGUUGAAGACUUCAAUCUGGAGCUGGAAAAUCAGAGUGGAGAUAGAGUGCAAUUAGGAGAUGAGACUGAUCAGCGGGCGAUAAUGAUGGGACUCAUGCUUCAUGCUAAUGCAAAAUCACUGAUAAAAAGGCAACAAUACAAAGACGCACUGGAAGUGCUCACCAUGGGAGAGGAAGCAUUCUCUCUCUGCGAUCCAAAGGUCAUUGAGAUGGUUGACAACGUUUCAAUUCUACAAAUAGACAUGGUUUGGUGCUAUUUUAUGCUCCAUGAUAUCAGUUGGCUUUCAGUAGCUGGUAUUCGCCUUGCAAAAGCUAGAGAAGGGAUUGAGCGAGCUCAUGGGAAAGAAUCUAGUCGCAUGAGGGUUCUCCAAGGGGGUCGCUAUCCGGAGCUUGCCCUAUACUUGAGGCUGCAACUCUUGGAAGGAGUAGUUGCAUAUCACAACGGUCAGUUGCAGAAGUCUAAGGAAGCCCUGACUGAAGCACAAGCUAAAUACAUUCAGCUUCAAGUUCCAGAUGAAACAUUGUCCUUGCUAAUGAGCAUGGGCUAUAAAGCACGUGAUGCAAAGAGGGCCCUCCGCAUGAGCAAUCAGGAUGUUGGUAGUGCUGUUGAUUUUCUUGUUGAGGAGAAAGCAAAGAAGGAACUGAAACGUGAGGAGGAUCGCCGACGACAAGAAGAGAUCUUGGAGCAGAAAAAAUAUGGAAUUACACCUCUUCGGAAACCUGUGGAUCUACAAAGACUAAAUGAAUUAGUCUCUAUUGGGUUUGAGAAAGAGCUUGCUGCUGAAGCCCUUCGAAGAAAUGAAAAUGAUACUCAGAAGGCUCUAGAUGAUUUAACAAACCCUGAAACAAAUUCGGUGAUGCAGAUUGAUAUCGAAUCAAGGAAAAAGAAAAGGUUUCGUCAAGCAGCAUCCUCUGCAAGUGAAGAACUUGUAGCCAUGGGUUUCCCAAGAGCAAUAGUGGACGCAGCUCUUCGCAGGUUCGGUACCCAAGAACAAGCACUAAAUCAUUUACUUGGACAACCCGAUGCAAAUGCAGUAGUGGCCAGUGAAAAUCCUUUGGAUCCAUCACUAAGCACUUCCGGCUUGGAUCCUGGGCAAGGCUUAGGUACAAGUUUGGAAGAAAACGGUGAAGGUCCAUCGACUAGGCAGGAAGUCGAGGAUCGAGAUGCAGAAAUGGAAGAUGAACUGACGGGAGAGUUGCUAAAAGGAGACGCCUAUUCAGAUUAUGACAUUGAUGUUACACUAGAAGGUGAAGCUAUAAACGAGUAUUUGGCUAAACUUACUGGAUGA